GAGCACAAUUUCAAGCCUUGUGUCUAUUCUAGAAAGAAUGUUUUGGGUGGAAUCGCAGAAUCGUUCAACGCCGUACAAGAUGCCUUGAAGUAUUUGUUCCAACUUAGGUGGAUUUUGUUUUACUAUCCUUCCGGACAGUAUUGGGGCUGAUGUAAUUGAUCAACACCUCCCCUCCAAAUUUCUACCUAUGUAAGAAAAUGUUGUUUUAGAAAGCCAGAGCGAUAUAACAUCGAACUCAGUGCUUUAUGUUAUUUAGUUUCUUCCCUGAGUUCAGAUUCUAUCACAAGGAAGGCCUUUGAUUGUCUUGUCUCUAUACAGAUUAAAUAAGUGACAAUAAUAUAGUGGGGCGAUAAAAUAAAUAUAAUGACUCAAUUGACUGCGUCUCUUGUUAAAAUUUAGUCUUCCGUACAAACAACAGAAAUGACUAAUUACUUUAAUAAAACUGUCAGCUGACAGUUUUGAAAUUGUGGUGCGCGUAAUCCAAGAAUAGCGGAUUAGUAAUAUAGAUUGUUCGGUUUAAAGAACUCGAAUGCUGUAUUGUUGAUAUUUUAUUUUUUAACCUCCAUCACAGAAGAUGUCAUGUGGCGUUUGGUCUGUGUGAUCAGUUCUUUGGGAAGAAAAGCGAAAUAUUAAGAACACAGCAACGCCACUUGUCAACAUGAGUUUCUCAAACCAUGGAGCUGUCUUUGAGUCCAGUAACAAACCCCUUGCUUCUAAACUUUUGGACGAAGAAAAAGAAAAUGCCAGAAAAGUUAAAAUUACCAAAGAGCUUUCUAAAACACUGAAAGCUUUACAAGCCUCACAAAUGUUUGAUGAACCAGUACAAAGUAAUGAACUAUCCAACCGACUUUGUGACAUUCUUGAAGCUAUAUUCCUUCAUGGACUUAAGGAACCAGUUACGCAUAAGCUAAAGAUGUUUAUGCAACCAACAUCAGGACAAGUUACAACCCUUAACUUCUGGAAAUUUAUCAGCCGAUUUACUCACAAAAAUGUUAUUGCUCAAAUUCAAGACUUAAAUCAGAUAAAAACUGAUGUUGGCUAUUGUCGGGUUUGGAUAAGACUUGCCCUGAAUGAUGGUAUCCUUGGCAGCUACAUUGAUGUUAUGACUGCAGAUGUCCAGGCUCUAGAUUCAUUUUAUCACCAUCUAUCAUAUUUACGAGAUUUGGAGCAACCUGGGAUUUUGAAAUCAUAUGUUCAAGGUAUAACAGCUUUCCAAUUUGAACUUCCUUACAAUUCAAGUGUUUUGAACAGUUGGAUGAACAUACCUCUGUUACUUGCUGGAGUGGAUGGGGUAGCUGGUUUAAAUGAUGGCAUCAGUAUUGAAGAGAUUGGAAAUACCCGACCUCCACCUGUAGCAGUUACUCCUGGAAGAGUGGUAGAAUCUGUUGAUGUUUCUGUAGCAACAUCACCUAGUAAAGAACUUCCAAAUGAAGAUCUUGUUGUUAUUAAAAAGCUUCCUCCAGAUCCCAAAACAGAUGACAAACCAUCGACUAGUAAUACAGUUGAAGUGAAGACUGUUUUAAAGAAAAACAUUAAAGAGAAAUCAAAUUCCGUAUCUGACCCUGUAAAUAACCCUUCACAGACCACAGAUGACCUUUCACACAAAUCAGACAAAGAUGUACGUGAUAACACUAAACACAGUGAUACAUCAAUAUCAUCAGACAAUAAUGUUCCACAGCAGACAGAUUUAAACCCUAGUCAUGAUUCUAAUCCUCAACCACAAAACAAACCCAUGUCUGCUCAUCAGAAAAUUAAUCAACGACCAAAGACCCUAGAGCUGUCUAACUCACCUGGUAACCAUAGUCUGAAUUUAGGCAACAGUUUAGAAGUUGCUUCAGGCUGGUCAUCACAUUUCCGUGAAGAAAUGAAUCCAGAAGUAAUGACUGAACCUGCUGAAAUAGUUGAAGUUCAAGAUGGAUCAAAAGGAGCGGUAGACAGUGGUGUAAUUGCUGAAAGCUUUGAAACUCUUCUCAAUAACUACCAUGGUGAGCAAUCCCUGUCACCAAUUCCAUUUGGAGAAAUAGCUGAAAAUUCUCCUGAACAAAAAGAGAAUACAGAAGAAAGAUCUGAGAAGGAAAGCAUAGAUAAUUAUGCUGACUUUGAAGUACUGAAUGCUGCUUCUUUUCUUGUUCUGGAUCCAGAUUCUAAAGUGCGGAUUUCAAACUUGAUGCGAAUCUGUAAUGAGAAAGGUAUUGCUUCUCAAAACUACCGGUGUAAAAACUGUCCUUCGCCUCUUGGUUUAUUAUUUGGUAAACCUCUAGUCUGUGUCUAUGAUGGUUGUUAUUACUGCUCUGACUGCCACCAUAAUGGAGAGUUCUACAUUCCAUCAAAGAUUAUAUUCAACUGGGAUUUUAGCAAAUACAAAGUGUCUGUAAAGAAUCUAGAAUUCCUGAAAGAAAUCCAAGAAUACCCUUUGAUUGACAUUGCAAAGGUUAAUCCUGAAUUGUAUGACUACAUUACUGACAUGAGAGAUGUCAAGCUUCUUCGUAUCCGGUUGUCCCAUCUCAGCUCUUAUCUCUUUACUUGCAAGAAGACUGAAGCUGAAAAGUUUCGUCAGUCAUUUUGGCCAAAAGAGUACUUGUACGAAGAUGUGCACUUAUAUUCAUUAAUAGAUUUCUUACAAAUUCAGUGUGGCCAGCUACAAAUGUCACUGAAGAAACUAUUGAAAACAGCUAGCAAACAUGUAUAUGAGUGUGGCCUUUGCAGCCAAAAAGGAUUCAUCUGUGAAAUUUGCAAGAAUGCUCAAGUUAUUUAUCCUUUUGAAAUGGACACAACAUACCGAUGUGAACAGUGUAAAGCUGUUUACCAUAAAAGCUGCAUGAACCAGAAAGACCAGUGUCCCAAAUGUGAACGACAGCGGGAACGUAUUCUGAAAGUAGGUCCACUAACCAACUCCUCAGAAGCAGAUUAUGAUAUAGUUCCAUGGGAAACUAUGUAAUUAAUAUCCAUAAGUGAGAAAGCUGCCUGGCUCUCAGAUGAAGAGAAAUUCUUGUCUAUUCACGAUGUUCACAAGAGUAGAUUUCAUCUCAUCUGUCUGCACAUCUUCACAAUGGACAUCUUUAAACUAUCAUAGAGAUAAACUUGUGCAGCAUUAAGUCUGUACAUGUCAAAGUUCUGUGGUUAACAUUUCAUCUAUUUGUUAAUUUAUUGACAUUUGUUCCUUAACCAACCUUCAGAUGUCAGCUAAGUAACUGAUGCCAUCUGUAGGUGGGAUAGUGGAGAUACAAGACUACCACUAAACAUGCUUCAUUUUCUGCAUUUUUCUCCUCAUGGAUGAGCAUUUCCAGUUUUAUAUGAACAAUAUUUUAUUCUGCUUUAACUCUAUCAAUUCUGCUGUUAAAUGAAAAAUUUUUUGUUUGGGGGUUUAGAACAACUAAUAUUAACCUAAACAUGUAUUUUAUUUGUUUGUCUAUGUGUAUUUUAUGCAUACAAACAUGUACACAUACAUGCAAAUACACACAUGUUUACAUUAAGCUGACACUAUCAAGAACUACAAAUCAUAUUUAAUAAUAUGGUAUUUGGUGAGACAAUACUAACUCACAGAUGUUUGUUAAUUGGGUUUUCUGUGUGUGUGUGUUGUGUGUUUUUGUAAUAUUACCAGA